CAGCGGCCGAAGAGAAAGACGCAGGCCCCACUGGACAUUUACAGGGGCGCACCAGGGGGUGCAGCAGACUUCUACAUGGAGGCCGGCUCGGUGAGCUGCUGAAGAGCGGCCCAGCCCUGCCGCCACUCCUCCACCACAUGGUUUCUCUGAUUGACCAAGGUGUGAUCAGCCCUGAGUGUAGCGACGACAACCCAGGACUCGGCGGCCCGGACGCCCCACAGCGACGCGGAGCAGCUGGUGCAUCAAGCAGGCCAGGACAGCGGCAACACGCCUCGCCGGGACAACGACGUCGAUGGCGACACAUCGCGGGCCCCGAUGCGCUCGGCUGCUCCUGUCGCCGGCGUGGAAGCGAUGGCCGCCGCACCCACGGGAGCUACCAACACCAGUGCUAAUACAUGCGCCAACCCUAAUGCCAACACGAAUCCUAACACCAGCACCAACGUUCGUGGUAACGCCAGUGCCAAUGCUGACGCUGCAGGUUCUGCCAAACAGAAGGGAUCUCAAGUCACCGAAGAAGUGCCUACCAUCGCGCCUGUCAAGGUCCCAGAUCCCGAUGAAGCGGCUUCGAUGAAAUGGAUGUUGCCCAACAAAGAGCCCGGCGCGAAGGUCAAGAAACGGGACGAGGAGGAGUCCUCCGCGGGACCCUCCCAGGUGGUUCUGCAGUCGCCCCAGAGUCCCGUUUCUAAACCGAAGAAGUCGAAAAGCGGCCACCCUCAGGAAUACACUACGCAUAAGUCAUCCGGCGGCUCUCGCACUGACCUCUGUGGCAUCUUCUCGGGAAUCCUAGGAAGGUUUAGACUCAGACCGCAGAUCUCUCUCGGCGAAAUCGACGAGCUCACCUGCUGGGUGAACCCAGAGGAAACGUGCGACUGGCGACUCAACUCCUUAACGCAGCUUCACAUCCUUGGCAAAGGCAGCUUCGGGGUCGUCUAUCUAGUACGUCACAAAGCGACAAAAGAGUUGGCUGCCCUUAAAUGCAUCGAGAAACAUCACCGGGAGCAGGCCAAGGAAGCACGACGUGUCGAAGCUGAGCGUGUUGCAUGGCAGGCUGUCUCCCAUCAUCCUUUCGUCGCUACGCUGAAGGCCUACUAUGAGACAUCAAGAGGGUGGUGUUUCGUGAUGGAAUAUGUGUCCCGCGGCACGCUGAGCCAGAUUAUCCGCCGUUCUGGGCCCAUGCCAGAGAGCAAAGCGAAACUGGUCUCUGCACAGCUAGCGCAUGCGCUGAAUUUCGUUCACAGUGCUGGUUACCUUCACCGGGACAUCAGUUCCUCCAAUGUCCUCUUGGAUGAGCGAGGGAACGCACGGCUAAUUGAUUUCGGCCUUUGUCAGUUGGGCCUCGAAGCGAAAAACCGUUGUGGAUCGCUCGCUUAUAUGGCCCCAGAGGUACUGCGAAGGGAACAUUAUGGCAUCGGCGCAGACUGGUGGUCCUUCGGGAUAGUGUUGUAUACGAUGCUUAUUGGAAGGACCCCACUGUCCCAAUAUGCGGCCGAGCAGAAUAUCAACAUUCAAAUGACACGACGAGAACUACGAUACUCGAGUUACUGACGUUGUGCCUGAGGUCGUCCGGGAACGUCACACGAAUGCUCGAUCGGAUUGAGGUCCCGGGAACGUGCAGACCAAUUCAAAGGACGGGUAUCUUCAUGCACAAGGUACUGUUCCACGAAGCAGGCCCUGUGUGAACGGACAGACGUCAUCCAUAUGCACGAUGUCAGGAACGAAUGCUCCCCAGAAAAGACGCACAUCUUGUUCAUGGAUGCUGUUAUGUAACAGCUGGCCGCAGUCGAAGACGUGAAGAAAUUGCGCAUGGUGCUAUCGUACCCCUUCGCACAACCACCUGUAUGCGGUCAAGGACGUUGGAUCUGCCUGUCAGGUUUCCUCCAGAUGUGAACUCGUCGAGUCGCUUUCCAGCGUGUACCGUGACACAAGAAUUAUAUCGCUGCAUAGCGCCCCUGUCCAUGCCGCGUGUUCCACGCAAUGGACUAAACGUCGUCCUUGGUGGGCUACAAAUCAAAGGGAUGCGUUGCAUACGCCACCGCGUGUACAGGCCAGCCCGAGCCCGCCCCCUAUGCUCUUGUUAUAGCGUAUGCUCCAGCCUAUGCUCGAGCAAACAGGUGCCCCCGUGACCACUGCCACGUUCCUGGACGUGCCCCCAGUGUGCUCGUCCUGUUCCUCCUGACGUUUAGUCCGAGAAGUUUGCCCUCCCUGGUCCUGGUUACUCGUGACGUCCAAAGGAUCGACAGACACCCUCUUCCAUUUGGAAACGUCUCCAGAACCUAUAUAGAGACAAUGCUCGUCGCAAUGUUUAGCGCCUGAGACACAUCUGUGGUUGAGCUGCCACGAGACGCCCAAUACAUCUCGGAAAUGAAAUGUCACUUCUUUUUAAGAAGGGUAAUGCAGAAUAAUGCAGAAUUCUGCCGCUAGGUGCCACAUCCGGUAAUGGCUGAUGAAUCAAUCUGGCACUUACCGUAGCUGUAGAAAGCCACAGUUGUUUAUAUUUCCCCGUUUUUGUUAGUUGGGGGUUUGUGGCGUGUAGCAACUGUAACAAUGAUUGAUUAAAGG